GUGGCACUGGUCGCCGCGCAACUCCCUCCGCCGGGCUACGACUUGGAAGAUCCCACCGCGCAGCACGACUGGGUGGCCAAGGAACUUGCCAGUGCCGGUCGCCUGCCUGAGGCCAUUGAGAGCUUUAAGGCAGCUGCCAGGUUUGUUGCGGAGCAUGUCUCCUUCGCCAACUUGGGAGUUGCCUACAUGCGCAACAAGGAGUUCGGCUUGGCUUUAAAGGCUUUGAGAAAAGCAGUUGCAUUGAAUCCAGAUGAUGGACAUGCCAACGAGAAUUUGGAAGUCUUGGUGAACUUCGCCUCAAGUCACGGCUACGACCGGAAGAAGCUGGAAGCCUUAGGGAAAAAGGUCGAGUUGGACCUCACUCCGAAAGGUCAAAAACCAGUUGAAGAUGAGGAAGCGCCUAAGAGUGGACGAGAUUAUCGGAUAUUGAGCAAUCCAGUGCAGAUUGGCAACCGCGGCAGAGAACUUGACAAGCGCGGAGAGAAGAGAAUCGCCCGAGGGUAUGUGUCCUUGGCUUUGCAUCUGAAUCCCUGGGUGGGGCUUCAAAUCCCAUGGGUGGAUGAUUUCGUGGCGGAAGAAAGAAGCAGAAUGACCUACUGGGGAGGCAAUGCCUUUGUGGGGUGGGAUAAGACCAAAGUGGAAGAUAUCAUCAACUCCCAUUUCAAAGAGUCUGCCGAACCAGAGGUCUAUGAAUUGGCGUUGUAUGCCUGGAGAAAUCUGCAGUUGGUGAAACACUCCUGCUGCGGCAUCGACAACCUGGCCGUCUUCUUGUCCCGAGCACGAAAGUUUGCUCACCCGCAGUUGGUGCCCUUUCUGCACCUAACACCGGAGUACAUCCCGAGUCUGAAGAAGGACAACAAGGUGAUGUACAGCUCCUUCAAGCAAUGGUGGGAGCAAAAUGGACGGAAGCCAGCGCCACCACCCGCUAUUGAGUUUGAUGGUAAGGACCAAUGGGACUGGGAGUGGAUGAAGGUGGUUAUGCCAGCGGAUCGAGUGCCGGAGGGCUGGGAAGUCUUCACACAAGCUGCGCUGCUCUAUCGUCUCCAUGAGUAUGAGGGCGCUCGCAGCUGUUUGGGCGAGGCCUUACGAAUCAACAGCGAGCUGGGAGUAGCCAGCGAUGAGCUCCUCCCAGGCUUCGCGAGCUUCGCACCGCCGCGGCCAGCUCUGGUGCCCUCGAGAGCCAAAUACCUGGUGUGUUACAAUCCCCAGGUGGGCCUUGGAAACGUGGCAGUGGUCAUGGUCUCGGCCAUGAAUUUGGCGCAGCUCACAGGGCGGAUCUUGGUCAUUCAUUGGAAUACCAACAUGGUCUCCAGACACGCCUGGGAACUCUUGGAGACUCCUGGCGUUCGGCUCUUGGCUGAUGCCGCCAGCGAGUUGGAGGUGGUGGACACCUCGAUCAGCCGCAGCGGCGUCGGGGGGGCGCAGAGGAAUUGGAUCGCUUGGUGCAAAGUGAUGUGGGCCGCCGUGCGAAAGUUGAUGUCUGACUCACCUCAUCGGAGCCAAGGUGAAGAGUUUGUACUUCUUUCACCUCAUGGACAGCGGGAUGCUGGUCACUUGUCGGAACGUUGA